AACUACAACUUUCAAUACAAAACAAAUAUGGCUGCCUCCAUGCGAUUUAGCGUGUGCCGGUCUUUACAUUAUUUUUCUAGAAAUACCCUACAUACUUAUUUCAAACUUACAAGGAGGAAUUUAAUUCCCCUACAGAAAGGUAUUCAUCAAGAGACUGGUAGAUAUAUCCAAACAUGCAGUUAUUUAUUUCAGCAGGAGCCUGCACAAGAUCCAGAUUAUCAUACUAUCAUCAAAGAUACAGAAAAAUAUCAAGGAACUCCUGAGAAAUUGGAAUUUCAAGCAGAAACACGAAUGUUGUUAGAUAUAGUUGCAAAAUCCCUCUAUUCUGACAAAGAGGUAUUUAUUCGUGAACUUAUUUCCAAUGCCAGUGAUGCAUUAGAGAAGCUUAGGCAUGCCCAACUGAUUAGUGGAGAAUCAGGAAUAGACCCGGAUAGACCUCAUGAAAUUCAUAUAGCUACAGACAAGCAAGCUAGGACAUUUACUAUACAAGACACAGGAAUUGGAAUGACUAAAGAAGAAAUGAUUAGCAAUCUUGGAACAAUUGCUAGAUCUGGAUCAAAGGCAUUUUUGGAAGAGCUAAAGAAAAGUGAGACAACAAGUUGUGCAGUCAAUAAGAUUAUUGGCCAGUUUGGUGUAGGUUUCUACUCUUCUUUUAUGGUUGCUGAAAAAGUGGAAGUGUAUUCUUUGUCUCAUAAGCCAGGUUCUAAAGCAUAUAGAUGGGUGUCUGAUGGUUCUGGUUCUUAUGAGAUAAUGGAAGCUGAUGGUGUUCAGCCUGGAACAAAAAUUGUGGUUUAUCUAAAAUCUGACUGCAGAGAGUUUGCAGAUGAAGGAACUAUUAAAGAUGUCAUACAGAAAUACAGCAAUUUUGUGAAUAAUCCUAUUUUUGUUAAUGGGAAGAGAGCAAAUAAUUUGCAGGCAAUAUGG